AUGUCUCAGGUCAAAGAAAACGUUGCUUUUAUUGGGUUGGGUGCCAUGGGGUACGGCAUGGCUAGGAACAUCCGCAAGAGAAUGCCGCCAACAGCAAUACUGUACAUUUACGAUGUGUCGAAGAGUGUUUGUGAGCGGUUCUGCCUGGAGUUGCGAGGUAUUGGGCACUCCGUGGUUGUUAAUUCGCCUCGCGAGGCGGCAGAGUCGUCGCAGACCGUCAUUUCCAUUGUCCCGGGAGCCAAGGAAGUGCGACAGGUGUAUCUUGAUGCGACGACCGGAGUGAUUGCCGCUGCGAGGAAUCCCGAUCGGCUCAUCCUAGAGAGCAGCACGAUCGAUUCCCAGUCAAGUCGCAAUGUCGCCGAGGAGCUGCUGCUGGCAGGGGCGGGGACCUACAUCGACACCCCUGUUUCGGGCGGAGUUCCGGCAGCAAACGAGGGGACACUGUCUUUCCUCAUCGGCCACAGCAAACCGUCCAAGCCAGACGAGAUCUCGCAACGGUUGGAGGCAGCAGUGUCAAUGAUCGGCGACCCGCAAAAGCUAUUCUACUGUGGCGCGCUCGGUGCAGGCCUCGCGGCCAAGAUCAGCAACAACUAUCUUUCAUGCUCGAUCCUCCUAGCAGUCGCCGAGGCCAUGGCCAUCGGCGUCAGGUCAGGCGUUGACCCGAAGCUACUGCACGAAAUUAUCCACAAUUCCACCGGUCAGACUUUCAUGGCAGACCAUGUUCAGCCAGCUCCCGGGGUUGUGCCACAUGCGCCCAGCAGUAACAACUACAGACUGGGAUUCAAGACGCAGAUGAUGAUCAAGGAUUUGUCGUUGGGUGUGGAGGCUGGGUAUGCGACCGGCAUUCAUCCUAGCGUCGCAGAGGCCGCCCUUCGCGUGUAUGAAAAGGCUGCGGUGGAUCCACAAUGCAUUGUAAGUCGUCUUUUGUCCUGCGUUGGGCGCCCGGAAUUGGCUAUGUACUGA